AUGGGAAGAUGGAUGAACCAGUCCUACACAGAUGGCUUCUUCCUCUUGGGCAUCUUUUCCCAUAGCCAGACUGACCUUGUCCUCUUCUCCGUGGUUAUGGUGGUCUUCACAGUGGCCCUCUGUGGGAAUGUCCUCCUCAUCUUCCUCAUCUACAUGGACGCUGGACUUCACACCCCCAUGUACUUCUUCCUCAGCCAGCUCUCCCUCAUGGACCUCAUGUUAGUCUGUAACUUUGUGCCAAAGAUGGCAGCCAACUUCCUGUCUGGCAGGAAGUCCAUCUCCUUUGUGGGCUGUGGCAUACAAAUUGGCUUUUUUUUUGUCUCUGUUGUGGGAUGUGAGGGGCUCUUGCUGGGACUCAUGGCUUAUGACUGCUACGUGGCCAUUAGCCACCCACUUCACUAUCCCAUCCUCAUGAAUCAGAAGGUCUGUCUCCAGAUUACUGGGAGCUCCUGGGCCUUUGGGAUAAUAGAUGGAGUGAUUCAGAUGGUGGCAGCCAUGAGCUUACCUUACUGUGGCUCGAGGAGCGUGGAUCACUUCUUCUGUGAGGUGCCAGCUUUAUUGAAGCUGGCCUGUGCAGACACUUCUCUUUUUGACACCCUCCUCUUUGCUUGCUGUGUCUUCAUGCUUCUCCUUCCCUUCUCCAUCAUCGUGGCCUCCUAUGCUUGCAUCCUAGGGGCUGUGCUCCGAAUACGCUCUGCUCAGGCCUGGAAAAAGGCUCUGGCCACCUGCUCCUCCCACCUGACAGCUGUCACCCUCUUCUAUGGGGCAGCCAUGUUCAUCUACCUGAGGCCUAGGCGCUACCGGGCCCCCAGCCAUGACAAGGUGGCCUCCAUUUUCUACACAGUCCUUACUCCCGUGCUCAACCCCCUCAUUUACAGCUUGAGGAACUGGGAGGUGAUGGGGGCACUGAGGAAGGGGCUGGACCGCUGCAGGAUUGGCAGCCAGCACUGA